AUGCAUUUUCAGGAAGCGCACCAAAUUGCAAGGUUUGGAGAGAGGAAAGCGCUCUACGAUAAAUUUGAAGUGUACAAGGUGUUUGCGACGUCGAGUGCCAGUCACCUUGGAUAUCUGAUGUCCGAAUACGAGAGCAUCACCGGCCGUUCCGUCAAAGAAGCGAUCGAACGCGAUUUCAGUGGCGACGCCAAGCAUCUGUUACUGGGAAUUGGUGUUCGUGACAAAGACCUGAUUCGUCUUCUUGUUUCUCGAGCUGAGAUUGACUUGGCCGAAGUACAAGUGGAAUACGAACGUCUCUUCAAACAGUCACUUUUACAAGUGAGCAUUCAAAUAUUUCCUGCAGUGAUCCGAGAAGAAUGUAAAGGAGCUUAUCGAGAUGCACUUCUAGGCAUCGUUAAGGGUAACAGGAGUUUGAACUAA